AUGCCACCGGCCUACGCUGGCCUCCGUUGGCCUCCGCGCGCCUCCAACGGCCUCCGCCCGGCAGGCCCGCCUCCGACGGCAUCCGCCCGGCCUCCGCCCGGCCGCCGCGCGCCUCCAACGGACUCUGCCCGGCCUCCGCCCGGCCGCCUGCCUCCACGCGCCUCUGACGGCCUCCUCCCUCCGCACGCCGCCGACGUCUGCCUCCUGCAGCCAUCCAAGCUGGAGGCCCCGCAUCAUCGUCCCUGCCCCAAGCGCUCAUUUCUGGACGGACCCCUCGCCGGACAUUGCCUCUCCGCCCCUCGCCGGACUCCGCCGCGGCCGCUCCUCUCCGUUCCACGCAGCGACCUCCCCUCGCACGACCCCACCACGGCCAAGCCUCCCCAACCUCGUCCUCUCUGCCCCUCGCCGGACUUCGCCGCGACCGUCACUCACCAGACCCGCCGCAGCCAUCUUAGCCAUCCCUCGCUCGAUCCCGCCGCGCCUAAGCCGCCCCUCGCCGGACCCCGCCAUGCCUGA